GCACAUUUCGAAUGAGACUUGCCAGUACUGUUUUGCAAAGUGGAAACACCGCUGGGAAAAGUGUUAAUACGAGAGGAGAGUACUUUGAAAGGGACAAGGACGGAUAGUACUACUACUAAAAGUAGAGACAGAUGGUAACCGGAAUAAUACAAGAUCUAUUCAAAAGAGUGCCUCAAGAUGUUAUGGGUGACGAUCUUCCGGCGAUCAUGAACAUUCUCUAUAAAAUCGGAGAAGAAUCCAUUCUGAGGGCUGAUUUGCUGGAACAAAUCCCUGACCUCGCUGCGGCUGCAGUAGAGUCGAAUGUCUUGAAAGAUGUGGUCAGCGAGUAUCUCAUACCAUUGGUCGCGCGAAGUGUGGGUCUGCCAGACAAUGCGGUGGAUAGAGCCGCGCAAGCCGCCCUUUUUCAACUGAUAGAGGCUGGAUAUGUCUCAAAAUUUGAUGCCGAGAUCAAGAUCUGUCCUUCCAUUCUGGCCCUUUCGAAUUUGGACAGCACGCCAGAUGCAAAUACCAAAGCUAUUCCAUUGAUGAGUAAGCUGGGGCCACAUCUGGGUAGGGACAUAACAGAAAGGGUAUUCCUGGAAAGGUUCACCGAACUAUGUACAAGUCCCAUUUUUUUUGUGCGGAAAAUGUGUGCUGAUCACUUUGGGCACUUCUGCACAGCUAUCGGAAAGGAGGCGUUUGAAGAGUCUUUGCUCCCCUGCUACAUAGCUCUCUGCGUGGACGAAGUAUGGGGCGUUCGCAAAGCGUGCGCUGAACAAAUCACCUACAUGUCCUGUGUAUGUCCGCCUUUACUCAGAAAGGAACUGCUCGCCCCAGCCUUCGACAGACUGCUGCAAGACAGCAACAGGUGGGUGCGACUGGCUGCCUUCCAGUCGUUGGGUCUCUUUCUAUCAACCUUUGCUGAAACGCCCAUCACUAACGUCAAGUGCGAGAGAGGAGGUGGGCUUGUGUUGGUCAACAACAUGGGAGGAGAGUUUGUAUUAACACCAGCACCAACGUUCAUAAAAACGGACAGGUUUGCAACGUUUAUGAGCCAAAAAGAUGAAUAUUUGGAAUCUCAGGAUCAUUUUCCUGAUUUAGUGUCAUAUUGCGGUGAAUAUGUGUUCGGUGGGAGAGUAAUAAAUCCAAAUUUUGGAUAUUGUGAACAACAAGAACUAACAUUAGAACAUCAACAAAACAGCAAUGAAACUAUUAGUAGUAAAGAGAACAAUGACAACAACAAUUUAGAUAAGGUAAAUUCCAAUAACGAAGAUAGGAUAGAUGAUGAGGAUGAUGAUUUGCAUCUGUUUAACUCUUACAAUUAUUGGAAUAUCAGACUAGAGCCUCCAUUGGACCCUAGUAUUAUUUCCGGGUCAGAGUGUAACCCAAGCGAAUUGAAUGGGUCAGCAGAUGUAGGGGUAAGAAUCUAUCUUUAUUGUGCAGUCCUUUUUUCAUUUUGCUUUAGGUCGCUUUGUUUUAAGGUACGUUUCCGUUCAACAAGUUUGAUCCGCAACAUGUGCCAGCAAUUUGUACAGUCUGCAACUUGCGCUGUGGAUAUUUCAAUUUGCAGCAUGUUCCCGGCACUUUUGUACGAACAAAGUGUUGGAGAUAACGAAGUACAUGUGCCGGGGAUAUUUGCGCAACACGUUGCAGGUUAUCAGAACGUCUAUUGGAAACAUACCUUUAUUGUGCAAAAUGUACUGAAAAAUCCAUAUGUGGAUAAUUUGCUCAAUGCUGUAUUAUGCGCAGUGGAGAGUAAAUGUUGAGUGAUGUCGUUGCUUUAAUGCAGAAAGUCACUUUUUUGUCGAAUACGUAUUGUUUUAAACCAAACAAUAGAUUGGGGUAUGAUAUUAAGCUAUGGCAGUGAUCUUUUUAUAUUGGUAAUGAAUAGUUGAAAUACGCUAAUACUGAAGAUACUAAAUUAAAUGAGGCAGUAGAAAAGCGCCACAAAGAAAUUGAAGAUCUGAUCGCCAAUCACUCUUAUGUCCUUUCAAAGUAGAUUUCUAAAUUCAUUUGUGUUCUGCUACUGCUACUGCCUUAGUUGGCGCUUUCAGAUCCAUUUUGGACGCCAGAAUACAGCAUACGGUUGGUUCUCUUCAUAGUGCAUGUUAAACAAGGGUUCAGACAAACAGUAGUUCAUUGCAUAUUUAGGUGAGGUAGUUGGCAGACAUCGAUAACAAAAUACCAUUUUUUGAAGUCAUUGGGGUGAUUUUGGUUGGCAUAUUUUCCUUUUCAAGUAUGUAAAAUGAAAAUUAUUCCCAAAAAUUGCACUUUAGACUUUUGCAUUCAAGCAACGAUCGAUUUAGCGUGGCUGUUUUAUCUUGUAAUCUGUACAGGGUGUUCUGCUAUAAGUUGACUCCAACCUCCUACUUUUUUGAAUGACCGUUUGUAAAAAAAUAUUGUCCACAAAAGUUUUACGUGCAAUAUAACCUUUAUAUAAAAAAGUGUUAUUGAAUAAAGUCGCAUGUAGUUGGUCAAUAUAAAAUAAUGGCUUUUUUCUGAUUUCAAAUAUACUUAUUUUCAUCAGUUUGGUCAAAAACUUGAAUUUUGUAUAAUUUAUUUAUGUGAAUACGAGUUCAAACCAGUUUGUAUUUAGCCGCCCAUGCUAUCUGGCAUAAGGCCAGAUACGCUUAAAUAUAAUAAAAUUCAUUUUUGACCAAAGUAAUGAAAAUAAGCAUAUCUAUAUAUAUAUACAGGUAUAUAUAUAACAAAAAGUAGAAAAAUAAUGGGCAAAAUCCGCAAAAAAGAGGAAAGUGGAUUCGAGCAGAAAAUAGGAUAGGUAACCCGAGCGAUACGUGUUUCUGCUGGUUAGUUUCAUCAGGCCCGAAAUGAAUGCACAUAUGAAACUACAAAACUUUUGUAUACAACUUUUUGUUCCUAAAAGGUCGUGCAAAAUAGUUACGAGAGCCAAUUUAUAAGGAGACUUGCUGUACAUAGUACACAUUUUUGGUAAUGCUAUUUGUUUUAUUUUAUUCCAUUGCAACAUUUUUUGUUUAGCUAGAUGAAGACCUAGCAAGGCUAUUUUUUUAAAGUAAUCAUCAGAAUAUAUUUGGUUUCAUUUUGCUUUUUUGAUAGUACCCUACUGCGCCUCCUGUACUUUUUUGUCCUUCACACUUGUAAGUAGAUUUUAGUAGAAUAGAUGUUUGAUUGUUUUAUCACGGUUUUUUCUAAUAUUUUCAUAGCCAUGAUAACUCCAAAACCUCAUUCAUUUUAUCGUAUUUAAAGCAUACUGCUGGUUAAAAAGACGAACACGUCCAUUAUGUUGAGGUAUGGUAUUUUUUUUUAAUUAAGCAUCAGUAUAACGUAUCGUCGUGGUAGCAAACAAAAAUGUUUGAAAUUUAAUUCCUUAGUGACAAAAUACUCGAAUACAAAAUUCGGUGUUUUUCUUGAGUUCAAUCUGAUUUCAUGCAAUUCUGUAUACAAAAUGACUGUAUUAUGUGAUUUUUAAAUUUCCCGCGAGACGCUCGCCCUCUGGCGGCAGAAGUUUGAAUUUGCGUUCCCUCUCCAGCUCCAGUACUUUCUUUUCCGUUUCCGUUUGUAUUCCAUAUUCGAUCAUUCAAUUUUUUUUCGUGCACGUGGCGAGUGGUUGAUUUCGCAACUCGCGACUAUUUUUGAAAAUCUUCUAGUAGUUAUGAAUGUUAGAGUGGCUUGUAAAAGAAAUAUGAUUCAUCUAAACCCGCCAAGUUCGUAUAAUUCGACAGAGAGUGAUGUAAUUAGAUAUUUUUAUGAUGAAAAUACUUAAUUUUUAAACUCGACACGUGGAAAAAGGUAUGCAGUCAUUUUUUAUUCUAAUUUUGCUAUGUAUAAUUGCUUCUGGUCUAAUGAAUUAUAAUGCAUAACUUGCAUAAACAACAGAAACUGUUCCUUAAAGCCUCCCAUAGAUUUAUAAUGGGGUCUUCAGGUUAUGUGUAUGGACCUUAUUUAAAUAGCUGUUCUUCAAUGAAAUUCAUCAAAAACGCACUUUUUACUAUUCCGUUAAACACAAUUUUCACUCAUCUGUGGGCCCCUAAAAUCAGAGGCCUUGCCUUGGUUAUUCUUGAAAGGCUCCAUAUCAAGCCCUUGCAUUGCAUCAUACUUGCUUCAAUGUUGUAUUUGAAUUGCUGCUCUUUGAUGAUAUUUGAAAAAUAAUUUUCAAUAUUCUGAGGGCCUGCAAAGUCUGAGGCUAUGCUCUGGUUGUCCUUAAGUCAAUUUUUUGCUGUUCUCAAAAUCAGGAAAAACACAUAGAUUGUCCCUGAAUAGUGAUGGCCUGGCUCUAACAUUGCUCUAAUCUCGCUUUAUGUAUUUAGCUAUUUACAUACAAAUAUACUCAAUCUAUUCUUGAAUGCAAUAUUCCAGCUAGAUAAAUUUAAACUAAAGAAAGUCUACUUGAUUGUUUCAAUCCAAGUAACUGCUCCAAUUUAGAAUUUAGCCAGAUCUAUGCAUCACAAUCAUUGAGAGCUAGACAUAAGAUCUUUGCCACUGCACAAAGUGACAAUAGGCAGUUGACCCAUGUUGUAUUUCAUAAAAAUGUAUCAAUAAAAAUAAUACAUACCUAGGUUGAGAAGUGGGUCAUAAUUGGAUGUAGAAUUUUUUUCACUACUAACACUAGAUUUUUUCGCGGGAUCCCAUAGCAAACGGAGCGGUAGUCAUGUCGUUCAAAAUGAACGACUCGUCUAAGCGAGCGAUGAUUGAACGACUCUUUUGUUACAUAUGACUUGUUCAUUUGUGCCAGGUGUGCCUGCAGUAACUGAACUGCAAACUUGACAAUGUGGUACAGUACAGACACUAUCUAGGGAACCUGGUUGCUUUGUUUUGAGAUGUCUCAUUAAAUUAUACAUUGAAAUGAUUGGAUUUGAGAGCAAAAAUUGUAUUUCGAUUCAGAAUUCGGUAAUUCCUCACAACUGGACCACAUAUUCCUUCUUUUUUUGGAAGACAGUAUACAUUCAUUACACUCAAUUUCAACCAAAUAUAUUAAUACUCAAAUAAAUAUAAUAUCAGUAACCCUAACCCUUCAUUUCAUUUUCAUAGUAUGAUAUAUAUAUUCUCUGACUCAGUGAGUCGUUACUUGAGGCAACAUAAUACUCUUGUUAGCUUCGAGGCCAGUCGGUAAUCGUAUCAUUCAAAUGAACGACUCACUGAAGAGAGAUGAACGAAAUGAGCGAGCUCAGAGAAAAGAGUCGUAUGUCUCAAGCCUAAGGAGCGGGAACAGAUGGAAUCUCCCCUUCCACUCGAAGUUUGACAGUUUCAAGUUACACCGGGAGUGGUUAGAUGGUGCAUGUUGUGCAAAAUGUUUGCUUUCGUUUUUCACUUGAGAUGCCUGUUUUUUAAAUAGUA